CUCUGCAUUAUUUUUUUAGCGGGUUUUAAAAUUUCCCAAGCCAAGUUGUUCUGUUGAUGUCUUUCCAUUUUCAUGUCCUAAAACUCAAUAUCCAAACCAAAAACUCUCCUCAUUGAACAAUGCAAAACUAUUCAUUAAUGCAUCAAAGCAAAGCUAGUUAACAUUAGAUUAUAAAUUAAUUCCCAAAAUUCAAGGACCAUAAAAAGUGUUUUUAGGUUAUAACCACGAUGAUAAACACAAGCUCAACGAUGAAUUCCACACAAAAGUCUCAAAAUACUCAAUUCCCGUUGCCGAAAAUGGAAGUGGCUGCCAGUCAAAUCGACAAAGCUCUUGCCGAAGACGCCUGCGCCCCCAAACUGAUUGACUUGAUGAAUAUAAACGCGGAAACGGGUCCAACUUAUACCGGUUUUGUGGAUUCUGAUUAUCCUGUGCUGAGCAACAAUGAUAUGCAUAAUAUGGCUCUGGGCGAUCUGGUCCAGAUCAAAAAUGUUAGCAGUAACCCUCUGCCUCCAGGAAUAUCGGAUCAUUUCAGUCAAGCUCAGUAUCAGUGCACUAUGGGGCUAUUUCCAGAAAUAAACAGGGCUUGGCUAAUCGCCGAUAGUGAUCUUUAUAUUUGGACUUAUGAAACUAACAUAGAUAUGGCUUAUUUUGAUGGUAUCAGUCAAACCAUUUUGUGUGUGGGCCUUGUUAAGCCUAAACCAGGAGUUCUUCAUGAGUUUAUCAAGUACUUGUUGGUGGUGGCUACUGCUACGGAUAUUAUAGUACUUGGAGUCACUUUUACAGAAGCUAAGUAUGGGGUGGAGGAAGAGAUGCAUUUAAUUCCAGAUCCAGUAUUCAGCAUUUCCACUGAUGGUAAUACAAUUACAACUAUAACUGCUGCAAAUAAUGGCAGAAUAUUUUUUGGUACUAAAGAGGGUUCUUUAUUUGAAAUAACUUACCAGACAGCAAGUGGUUGGUUUGGAAAACGUUGUAAAAUUGUAAACCUUUCAACUAGUCGCUUAUCAUUCCUUGUACCAUCAUUCAUAAAUGCAGCUCUAGGCGAAGAAGAUGGAAUUUUCCAAAUAGUUAUAGACAAAUCCAGAAAUAUUUUGUACACUCUAACAGAAAAAGGAGCAAUAGAAGUUUGUGAUUUAGGCGAAAGAGGCAACAGUUUUUCCAGAAUUAUUAAACUCUCCCAAAAAAGCAUUGUUCAUCAAGUUUUGCAUACAGUUACAACUUUAGACAGUGGGGCUUUUCGGCCAAUUGUCAGCAUUGCUCCAAUUGAAGCUUAUGAAUCAACAAAUUUAAAUCUCGUUGCCAUCACCAAAAGUGGCGUAAGAUUUUAUUUCACUGUCACUGGAUUAUCAUAUCAGCAACCCAAUGCUCGCCCUUAUGCUUUAACUUUAGCCCACGUCCGAUUACCACCAGGUUUUUCUGCAAAUAUCACUGUUAGACCUAGAGACGUACACAUUGGCUACUACAGAGACCGUAACGCCAUUUUAUUAACUACAGUAAACCACAAAGACGUUUUGUGGUGCUUAAGCUCGGACCUAUUCCCUUUCAGCUAUAAUUUGAAGGAGGCUUACACAACUAUCAACUUGGACGCGCCCGCUUUAGCUAUGGCGGAAAUUCGACAUGAAGAUUUUCUACAUUUGAAUCCUCAAAAUGAAGAAGAACCUCCUUUGGUGGUCAGGCAGCAUGCAGAGGCGCCCAAAAAGUAUGUGGUGCUCACUUCUCACAGUGUUCAAGUGUUUAUUAAAUUGAGACCGGUGGAUAUGCUUAAACAGAUUUUGCUGGAUAGUAAUGGUCAAGAUACAUUACCUCUCACCACAUUUUUCUCGAUACAAAGCGAGGUCCAAGCUUGUGCUACUAGCCUAAUUUUAGCUUCACUAUUGAGCGAAGAAAAUGUCGAAAUAGCUGAAUUAGCCACAAGAGCCUUUUUCCUAUUUGGCGGAGAGCCUCAAUUAAUACAAGCCAAUCAACAGAAUAUUCAUCAACAAAAUACUACUCUUUUAGGUUCUACAAUGUUUUCGCCGCAAAUAAUUUCCACCCCGGCCCCGCAAAAUCAACAAUACCACAUGCAAAGAACACAAUCGCCUCCUGGUUAUAUGUUUAAUGUAACUCAAAGGCCUCAAAUUGGUAGUUAUGUAGCUGAACGGCCACAAUCGCCUAAUUAUAUGACAACAGGAAGUGUAAUGCAACAACAACAACAACAAUCUUUUGUACAGCCCUUUGAUCCAAGUAUUUUUAUUAAUUUUUCCCAUAAACACAACGGCUUGUACUUAUAUUUAUGCAGAAUUUUAAGGCUUAUUUGGAAUAGACAUUGUGUGGAACGUUUCUGUCCUGAUGGUGAAUUCGCUUUGUUUCAAAGCAGCAUAUCUGUAGAAGACUGUAUCAAAUUGCAAAAUAAUUUAAAUGCCCUGCACAAUUUUUUGACUUUAAAUACUGAUUUUUCUGGAACUACUAAUCAAAUGGCAAUUCAUAAUUCUACAUUGAAUCAAACUUUGGUGCGUCAGCCUGUCACACUUCAGGACGCUCAACUUAUAGAACGCAAGUCUUUGGAUGCCCUAAAGACUUUUCUGUGUCAUUGUUGUCAAAUUAUGGGCUUGUGGAGGAUAUUGUGCGAUCAUCAAUUUCACGAGCUGGUCGCUUGUUUGCCGGACAACGACCAGGAAAUUUUGCAGAAGACUACUUUCAAGGAAUUGUUCCUUUUCAGAAAAGACAUUUGCACUGUUUUAAUACAAACUUUGGUGAAUAGCUAUUUAGGUGAUAAUGCUUCAGUGGACGCUAUUAGUAAUAGGCUUAUGGAGGUUUGUCCGCAUUUGUAUAAGCCUGAGGAUGCUGCUUUCACGAAGGCCAGCGAACUUCUCAAAACAACACGAGGCAUACAAAACGUAGAUGAAAGAGAAGAGAAACUUUUAACGGCGCUGCAACUCUGCAAAAAUAUAGCUCCAAAUGUGAAACUUCCUGUGGUUUGCAAACAAUUCACUGCCUUAAAAGCUUACAAGGCUGUCAUAGAACUUUGCGCCUACUGUGCUAGAAGGAUAGACCCCGACAAUAUUGCUAAGAGUUAUUUUCACAGUGAGGAUGACGAUGCUGAUGAGGACGGUCUUAAAAUGUACCACAAACGAAUGGAAACUUAUAGGGAAAUAAUUGUAAUGCUUGAAACUUUGUAUUGCGAACAAGAUCCUGUGCAGCCUGCAACUUACGAUCCUGAUUUAACUAAUACUAGAUCUAUAUUGCUUGAUGGUACUGAGGGUCCUAAAUUAGGUGAAAGUAUAAAUGAUAUAAUUCAAACAAUCUUGUUUUACGAUGACGAAAUAAUGCAUGUGGCAGUUUACGAGUGGAUGGUUUCUAGGCAAAUGACUAGUGAUAUACUUCAAAUCAAGGCACGUUCUUUGGAACUUUAUUUGAAAAAAGCCUCCAUGCAAAAUCCCAAUAAUCUUGUAGUGAUGAAUUUGCUAUGGCAAUACUACGAGACUAAUUCUAACCAUGCGUUGGCUGCUAAGAUUUUACAUAAUUUGGCCAGUAGAACAGAUAUUAAUAUACCUCUAAAAGAAAGACUGACUUAUCUAGCGAGAGCCAUAAUGUGUAUGAGAUGCGAUAAGACGGGCUACUCUGUAGAUUCCGGUAUGUUUCUGAGAGAUCUGGAGGAUAAAAUCGAAGUUGCCAAAGUCCAAAAUCUCAUUUUGGAGGACAUUACCAAUUUCAGGACACAAAUUGCCACCGCCGACGAGGCCAUUUCGGCUUUGAAUAGUGGACUUUAUGAAAUUUCACAGCUGUAUGAAAACUUUGCAGAACCAUUUAACCUCCUAGAAUGUAAAUUAGCCAUCAUAGAUUGUGCAGGGUACACGGAUAACAAUAACGCCCUAGCGACGUCGAUCUGGCAAGAAAUUUUGGCCAACGAACUACGAAAAACGACAACGGGAGGCGCUGAUCGAAUAAAACCGAUUUUGCAAAAAGUCAAAAAUUUAGCCCGGCUCUACGGGAGCUCGGACAAUUCGUUUCCGUUGUCGUAUAUCACUUCAGAAUUGGAAAUGAUCAAUGCCAAGCUCAGAGGGCCCAAAGGUUUAGUGCCGAAUACUUUUAUCGAAGUCAAUAUCGAUUUUCAGCGGUUGAUUGAAGUUUACUCGAGUCUGCUUAAUUUGUCAGGAAAUUUAAAUUUUUGGCAAAACGAAGAUCAUGAAUUUCACUUGUGCGAAUCUACUUGUGCUUUAGUUAUGUCAUUUAUAAACAAUCACAAUGCGUUUAGCAGCAUUGAAAAGAGGAAAAUUGUAGCAACAUGUCAAGACACCAUGACGACGUUGUUGUCAAAUUUAUACACCAAGGCCAACAGUGACGCUCUAGUUAAUCAAGUUAGGAAUAUCCAAACUAAAUUGUCAAGAAUAUAAAAUUUAUAGAUUUAAUUGUUUACUCUGAUAAGAAAAUUGUUUUUAAAAUUUAGUGAAAAUUCACUGCCAACCAAAUUAUCAAAAAAAAAAAAAAAUCUGUUUCUUUUUAAAAUUAGAUUAAGUUUAAUUGAUGAGAAUGUUCACUUUGUAUACUGUUUUCAAAUUUAUAUAUGAAAAUAAAACAUACCUAAGCUUUUAAUAAUUUAUUAAGUGUAAUGAUUUUUUUCCUUUUUAUAUUAUAGUAACACAUAUCUGUAUUUUUAGUAAAGAGCUUGGUUCAGAAAAAUACACAGAAAACACAAUUCAACACUGUAAUUAUUAUCUCUGUUCCAACAAACAUUAGAACCUUUUUUGAAUGGUAAUUUCCAGUCGAUCAAUUAGGAUAAACCUCGGCUUAUUGAGUGGGCAACUGGAAGUUACUGGUUCUAAAACGGUUCUCAUGUCUGUUGAAACUGAGCUAUUGUAAAAAGUUGAAAUUAAUUAUUUCUACUACCCACUUUUUUUUUUGACAGAAACGUAUGAGCUUUUACGCAGACUUAGUUUCAAAAAGGCGCCACUAUAUACAUUGAUGGAAGAUGAAAACUAACACGUGUGACAAAAAUUCUAAUAACAGUGCUCUAUUAAACCAAUAAAUACAAGCGACAAAUUAAAUAGAGAAAAAGCUCAUACAGUUGCCCCGUCUCACACAAAUUAAAUAAUAAUUACAAACAAAAAAAAAAAUCCCUAAUACAAUUUUAUUUAAACAAAUUAUCGCCUAUGCAAAUUAAACAACAAAUAAUUUGUAGCCUUGAUAAGUUUGAAGCAUGUAUUUUUUUAAAUUUUAUAUCUUUUUUUUUUUUUUGACCCGGUCUCACAGGUUUUAGUCAAUAAAACUUUGCUCUACGCACGCUUUCACUCUCUUCUCGUACUCUCGUCUGUUUUCUUUGUAGAGUUGUGCCGCCAUUGAGUUCGCCGGAGA